CUGCACAUCAGCUCAUCUUCGUAUUACACUACCCGCCCGUGAGAGAGAAUUUGGCACUGUUGAAAAUGGUGGUUUACAGGUUUCAUCAGUACCAGGUGGUGGGGAGAGCUCUGCCGACGGAGGCGGAGGAGCAUCCGAAGAUCUACCGGAUGAAGCUCUGGGCCACCAAUGAGGUGCGCGCGAAGUCUAAGUUCUGGAAUGUUUCUGGAUGUUAUGUUUUCACCGAAAUUGAAUUUGGAAAUGGAAUGUUUCUGGAUGUUAUGUUUUCACCGAAAUUGAAUUUGGAAAUGGUACAUUUACUUCAGCUUUUGAAGUACUUUUUGAGGAAGCUUAAGAAGGUAAAAAAGAGCAACGGUCAGGUUCUUGCUAUCAAUGAGAUUUUUGAGAAGAACCCCACCACCAUCAAGAACUUUGGGAUUUGGCUAAGGUACCAGAGCCGAACGGGCUACCACAACAUGUACAAGGAGUAUCGUGACACGACUUUGAACGGUGCUGUCGAGCAGAUGUACACUGAGAUGGCUUCCCGACACAGGGUCCGUUGCCACUGCAUACAGAUCAUCAAGACAGCCACAAUUCCGGCUAAGCUCUGCAAAAGGGAGAGCACCAAACAGUUUCAUGACUCGAAAAUCAAGUUCCCGUUAGUGUUCAAGAAGGUGAGACCACCCACAAGGAAACUCAAGACCACGUACAAGGCUUCUAAACCCAACUUGUUUAUGUAA